AUGUUCAAGAGUAUAUUUGGAAGAGACUCUCCUGAUGUUUCCAGAAGCAAGCAGAUAAAAACAUUGCGGAUCUACAACAAAGAUGUGACGGAGGUGACACGGGACCAGGAGUACCGGGUCGACUUCUCGGUGGACGGCGCCGCGUACAGCGUGAACGUGUUCCUGCCGCCGGGCUACCCGGACGAGCGGCCGCUGCUGCAGGUGCGGCCGCCCGUGCGGCACCCCUGGCUGGACGCCGCGCAGCAGGUGGUCGCUGCGCCGGGCAUCGUCAAUUAUACGAAACACUGCGACCUGGGCCAGCUGGUGCAGAACAUCGUGCACGAGCUGGAGAGGAAGCUGAGCGGCGGCACGGCGGCGGCCGCCUCGCCGGGCUUCUCGCCCGGCCUGUACCCGGCCGCCGGGCCCAGCGUGCCGCAGCCCGAGCAAGAUUUCCCGGAGCUGGCGUGCCUGAGUCAGGAGGAGCUGGAGGAGUUGCUGGAGGACGACGACCGGCUGGAGCAGCUGGUCGAGUCGCUGCCUCCCGUCAAGCCGCUGCUGGCCGACCUGCAGACGGCCAUGGACAGGGUGGAACGACUUGCCGGUGGGUGUUGGAUGUCGUGGCCGCUUUUGAAGCCGUGA